GUGUGUCAAUGUCUGUGCGUUAGCGCCCCCUCUGGUCACUAAAGACAGCUCAGGACUUGGGAGGGCCGCCGCCACACCUCAAGCUCUAUCAGUGCUAAAACACUGUAUUUGGUUGUCUCAUCUUUAUACGCAGUGAAAAAUGACUGGGGGUUUAUAAAUAUCUCCAUCUGGACAUCAAGUGCAGACGUUGUAGGAGUCUCCUGUUUUCAGGGCGAGGAGGAGGACAGGGCAUAGCAACAAGAGACCCCAGCUACAAGAGACGCAUAGCAAGUAUUUACCAAACUACAUGGCCGGGUGUGGAGAAGUGAACCUGUCUGUGAACACCCCAGCUCCCUCCAAGCUUAAAGAAGAUACAGAAGACGACUCUUGCAGCUCCACCACCACCACCGCAGCUGCUGCUGUACCACCAGAGUGCGCCAUCUGCCUGCAGAGCUGCGUCCACCCUGUCCGUCUCCCCUGCUGCCAUGUCUUCUGCUUCCUGUGCGUGAAAGGUGCCUCCUGGCACAGCAAGCGCUGUGCUCUCUGCCGGCAGGAAAUCCCAGAGGACUUCCUGGAGCGCCCGGUCCUGCUUUCCCUCGAGGAACUGAAAGCCGCGGCCGCUGGUCUGAACCGCGGCGGGAGCGAGUCGCGCGGAGACUACACGUGGUACUACGAGGGGCGCAACGGCUGGUGGCAGUAUGACGAGCGCACCAGCCGAGAGCUGGAGGAGGCCUUCGUGAAGGGGAGGAAGAGCACCGAGAUGCUGAUCGCAGGGUUCCUUUACGUGGCGGACCUGGAGAAUAUGGUGCAGUAUCGGCGGAACGAGCACGGCCGCCGGCGCAAGAUGAAGAGGGACGUAGUUGAUAUCCCUAAGAAGGGCGUGGCAGGACUGAGGCUGGACUCCGAGCCCGUCUCCGUCCCCGCUUUACCAGCGGCGGUCUCUGCUGCAGCAGAGCGCGUGAGCUCAGCUGAUGGCUCUGACUCCACAGGUCAGCCCCAGCCUUCAUCCUUUGGGAUUUUGGUUCCCCUUCCUCCUAUCAGACCUCAAACGCUCCUCGGACGUCAUCUCGGCAGCCCUCUGUCUCCGUCUCCGUCGCCUCUGGAACAGUCUUUCUCUCAGCUGCUAAUCAGCCAGCCAGAGGGCGAAGAGCUGGAAGGAGACGGCGAGCUGCAGACGUACGAGUCUGCGUCGGGGAGCAGUGAGAGUGAAGAGGAGGAGGAAGACGGCGAGAGGAGAGGAGAGUCUGAGGAGCGACGAAGACGCACACGGAGGCCGCUAAGGGAGAACCAGCCAACCAGAGUUCCUCCAAGAGGCAUGCCGUCCAGCUCCGGCUCCGGCCUCACCCUCCGCUCGCGCAGUCCUGAUGGACAGUGCACCGUCACAGAAGUAUAGCCCGCCGGAGGGGUCUUCACUUCAUAAGACUCGAAUCAGCUCAGCAAAAAAUAAUGUCUGAAGACGCAAUUCAUCUCAAAGGUCCGAUUAAAAGGAGAAACACCGCUGCUUUAUUGUGAUAAUGUGCCAAAUGUGAUUUUUGUGUCUGCCUAUUUUUUACGUUAAAAUAAUUAUAGCCUGUCUGCUGAAGCUUUACAACAAUAAAAAUAAUUUGCAGCAGGUCGA